AUGGAUAACAAUGCAUUGGCCACAAAGGUUGAAGCUUUGACACAGAGAUUUGAUCAGUUCAUGUUGGGUUCUGGCUCAAGUGCUAAGGCAGUGAUGUCCUGUAAAACAUGUGGUGCUGGGCAUUCAACAACCCAAUGCCCCAUUCUUGUUGCUUCCCCUGUACCGACUGAGUCAGUAAAUGAGAUAAGCACUGUGUUGAGAAAUCUUCAAGCGUCUGUGCAAUCUCUUGAGAACCAGGUGGGACAGCUUGUUAGAUCACAAUCAGAACGACGCUCAGGUAGCUUACCAAGAAACAUUGAAAGCAACCCAAGGGAGCAUUUGAAGGAUGUCAAACUAAGAAGUGGGAAACAGUUGGAGGCAAGGGCCAAGGAGAGCCCAAGUUCCUCCAAUGAUGGGGUAGCCAUUCAGGAAGACCCUAGUUCAGGUGAGAAUGCCAGUGAAAAGAGUGAGAAUAAGCCUAAUGAAGAUAUUCUUAAGUCUCUGAUCCGAGGAGGGCUUGAGUAUAAACCUGUAGUGCCAUACCCCUCCAGGCUCAAGCAAGACAAGGAAGAAGCCCAAUUCAAAAAGUUCCUUGGUAUUUUCAAGAAACCUCACAUGAACAUCCCCCUGGUCGAGGCUCUUUCACAGAUGCCCAAGUAUGCUAAAUUCUUGAAGGAUCUCCUCACCAAUAAGAGAAAGGUAGAAGACUUGGAGACUGUGACUCUGUCGGGGAAUUGUUCUGCUGUGAUCCAGAAGAUGCUUCCUAAGAAACUCACCGACCCCGGCAGCUUCAUCAUCCCCUGUGUGAUUAGGGAAGGAAUGAAAGAAAAUGCUUUAGCCGAUUCUGGGGCCAGCAUAAAUUUGAUGCUAUAUAAUAUGUUCUUCAAGUUAGGGUUAGAAGAUUUGAGGCCCACGUGGAUGACCCUACAGCUUACAGAUCGCUCAGUGAGAAGACCUCGAGGAGUGGUUGAGGAUGUUCUAGUUCGAGUUGAAAAACUUAUCAUUCCAGUGGACUUUGUGAUUUUAGAUGUGGAUGAUGAUGUUGAAGUCCCUUUGAUUCUCGGUCGCCCAUUCCUUAACAGUUCUGGUGUUUUGAUUGAUGUCAAGGGAGGCAAGAUGACCUUGAGAGUUGGAGAUGAACAAGAGGUUUUGGCUCUAAAUCACUUGGAGGAGUACUUGGAGGGGUUCGGGAUCAAUGAGGUUGAGGUCAAGGUCCCCUGUCCUCCACCAACUCACAAAGUAGCCCAAAUGGAGGCUAGCCCACCACCUUAUGGACAGAAAAAAAACCUUCAAGAAAGUUUGGAGGAGUCUAAGUUGAUGUAA